ACAAAUGACAACUCUAAUCGAUGAAAGUUAUUCGACAAAAAAAUGAUUUUACAUAUUUGAAUUAGUUAAUAAAUACGCCUAUACAAAACGAGUUUUAUCACCUAUGUAAUUUAUAAAUUAAGUUGAUGAGAGUUUAACUGAAGGAACUUACGAUAACACAAUGAUCAAGGCGAUAUUAGUGUUCAAUAAUCAUGGGAAACCGAGAUUAUCGAAAUUUUAUCAAUAUUUUAAUGAGGAUAUGCAGCAACAGAUAAUAAAGGAGACGUUCCAACUUGUUUCCAAGAGAGAUGACAAUGUUUGUAACUUCCUCGAAGGAGGCAGUCUCAUUGGUGGUUCAGAUUACAAAUUAAUCUACAGGCACUACGCUACAUUGUACUUUGUGUUCUGCGUUGACUCCUCGGAGAGUGAGUUAGGGAUAUUGGAUCUCAUUCAGGUGUUCGUCGAGACAUUAGACAAGUGUUUCGAGAACGUUUGUGAGUUGGAUCUAAUAUUCCACGCAGACGCUGCCCAUCAAGUGCUAGACGAGUUAGUUAUGGGCGGUAUGGUGCUCCAGACCAACAUGGCUGACAUACUGUGUAGGCUCAACGAACAGAACAAAAUGCAGAAGGCUGAGGCUGGUAUAUCAACGGCCCCGGCGAGGGCAGUGUCGGCUGUUAAAAGCAUGAACCUUCCACAACAGUUGAGAGACAUGCGUCUGCCGGACCUGCCACAGGCUAUUAAGGAUUUGAAAUUCUGACCGACGCAGCAGGCGUAUCCCGCCUCCCCCGUCUCCAUAGCAACGAACAUAUUCAACACAAUAUACCCGCAUAACGAAAAAUAUCAAAAUUUACAGCGUCCGGAAAACAUUUCGAACAAAUUCUUCGGUUCCGAAUCGCUAAGUACGAGAUUUUCCGAAACUUUCACGGAAAACUAUCAACAGACGGACGGUAUCAAUUUUCCGAACUACGAAUCCCACAAAUCGGAUGGGUAUCAAGAUUUGACGGGUAAUGUCGAGUGCGAUUCGGAUAAGAAGCGGAAAAAGAAGAAAAAGAAUAAACAUUGAUUUGCAAACAAACUGCUAAUAAAUUAUUUACUUUGCAAAUGUCCGCUAUUUGCAGUUAUUUGCAAUUUUCCGUGUGACUCCCUUUUAAAUAAUAUUAGUGUAAUUUUGGUGUCGUUUGUACAUUUGGAAAUAGUUGAAGUUUUGGUAUGCUUCGAUUUUCAAUAUUGUUGAAAAAUUUAAUCAAAUUAAAUAUAAUUGUUACUGAAAUCUACAUUUAUUGUCGAAAUUCGUACAUUCCAAGAUUAAAAUAUGGGAUUUGAACAUGUUCUAACAUCGCUUACUGUGUUUAGGUUUUAAGAAAUAUAUUUUUUUGUUAAAUCA